AUGAGGGUUCUAUUACUCUCGUUUCUUGCUGCCAUCGUGAGCAGUGAGGAAAGUUUUGAAGAAAAACUAAAAGAAGGGCAUCAGUUACUCAAAAACGAUCCGAAUGCGGAUGAUACGAUGGAAUUUCUCCAGAAACUGCACACUAUGGAAAAAGAAAUUAAAGAGGAACACUCUAAAAAACCAACCGCUGAAGAAUUGAAAGCAAUGGAGGAACCAAAUGCGGAUGACACAAUGGAACUUCUCAGGAAAUUGCACAACAUGGAAGAUGUAAUCAAGGAGGAACUCAGUGCAUCUGAAAAGCCGAGUCCUGAAGUGUUGAAAGCGAUGGAGGAUUACGCAAAAACGGUACAAAAUCAGGAGGGUGGUUCAAUCCCGGAAAUCAAUGGACGCAAUAAGGUCGGCUCGGCGCUAUUCCAAGGAGACAUGAUUCUCACUAAAGAACAAGCUGAAGAGAUAAUAGAAGACGUGAAUGAGGAUAUUGCCAAACAUAAGAAACAAGGAACGCGCUCGCCCGAGAUGAGAGUAAUACUAUUUGCUUUUCUGGUGAGUAGCGCCUAUGCUGGGAUAGUUGACGGCCCGGAAACGAGAAAUGGACGAUCCACCAGCGAGGAUGGUUUUGAUGAAAAACUAGAAGAGGGAUACAACUUACUCAAAAGCGAGCCGAGUGCGAAAGAUACGAUGAAGUUUUUGAAGCAACUACACAAUAUGGAGAAAGAAAUUAAGGACGAACUCACACCGUCCCUACAGCGUUCUACCGAUUCCUUAAAUAUGAUGGAGACUGUCUUCAAAAAUAAGAUGGAUCACAUUCAACCAAUUCAAUCAAGUGAUUCAAUUGAAGAAAUCAAUCAAAACAGCAAAGUGGACACGGCAUUGUUCCAAGGAGAUAUGAUACUCACCAAGGAACAAACUGAGGAGAUUUUGCAAGACAUCAAAGCGAACAAGGGCAAACGCAACAAACGACAGGCCUUCCGUGACAAAAACUAUCCCAAAACGUUGUGGUCACAAGGAUUGAUUUACGCCUUCUGGAACGCAUGGUGGUUUUCAAAAAGGCAGCAGGAAUAUGGACUUAUUCUACAUGCAUUAACUUCGGAGAGAGCCAAACAGGUGAGAGAAAAAAUCAGAGGUUGGAAAUCUCUAAACGCUUCAAAGUAUAAUAAUUACUUGAGGAAUAAACUUUCAGCUACCGAUAGAAUUAACGUUAUCAAAGGUGGUGGUUGCUGGUCAUACGUUGGAAGACUUGGAGGUGAACAAAGUCUUUCACUAGGCCCCGGAUGCGAAUCGGUUGGAACCGCCGUACAUGAGAUUGGGCAUGCUUUGGGUCUCUUCCACACCCAGUCAAGGCAUGAUCGUGACGACUUCGUCACACUGUAUCCAGAAAAUUUCCGGGUAAAUUUAAAAGCACAGAUAGCCACAAAUUUUAAAUGUAUGAUUUUAGGAAGGCUGGCACCCAUUGGUUCAACCAUUGAGGUGGUUUUUGAUAACUUUACACAAGGCUUCGGUUAUGGCGGAUGCUCAAUGGCGGGAGUUGAAAUCAAAACAGGAAAGGAUAAACGUCAUACUGGUUACAGAUGCAAUACACUAAUGACAUGGAACUUCUGCCGUUCCUCCAAGUAUGAUGAGGACUUGAGAAAGGAUGGGAUCCGAAGCUCCGACCUGCGUCAACGAUCAGAAAUGAAAGAUGCCGUUGUGCACGCCAAACAGUCGAAGAUAAGGAGGGCCGGACACGUAAUGCGUACGAAUGGCAACCGAUGGACAGGAGACGUUGGUGACUGGAUUCCUCGGAAUGUUAAACUUACUGCAGGAAGACUACCGACUCGAUGGUCAGAGUUCUUCACAAAGAACCUUGAAGAAAUGUAUGAUGCGCAUGUAAUGCUGAGAUAUUUGCAAAACUCCGGACCGCAGGUGUAUGCGGUGGAGAACGAACACGCGCUGUUGUCCUUACCGUGGAGCAGCGCACUUCACCACCACACCAUCCGGGUCCUUCGUUUUGCCUGUCUCUCAGCUAGUUCUAUAUAUCUCGGCAUUACAUACGAGUUAUAUUUCGCAACAUACCCUGACAUUAAAAAGAAAAAGGCAGUAAAUAAAAGGGUAAAGAUAUGA